AUGUACACUGGCGAAAUUGAAAAUGGCCAGAUGCAUGGCCGCGGUCUUCUUAUUUAUCCCAACAAGGAAAAAUACGAAGGGGAUUGGGUGUACGGGAAACGCCACGGCCACGGCGUGUACAGCUACGCGGAUGGGAGCCGUUAUGAAGGGGAAUGGCUGGAGGAUAAGGUGCAUGGAAAGGGAACCUGCCAUUAUGCCAGCGGCAAUGUGUAUACAGGAAAUUGGACUUUUGGCCGGAUAAAUGGCCGUGGUUCCCUUGUUUAUGCCGACGGAGAUGUCUAUAAAGGAGACUGGAAGGACGGUCAAAUGCACGGCAUGGGCACUUACCACUACUCCAACGGUGAUUGCUAUGAGGGGGAGUGGAAGGAGGAUAAGCGCCAUGGAAAGGGAAUGGUGACCUACGCCGCCCCUGACGGCCGGGUGUCGGAGAAGUACGAGGGGAACUGGGUGGAGGGGAAUAUGCAAGGCUGGGGUAAGUACUACUAUGCCGAUGGUGGCGUUUACGAGGGCGAGUGGCAGGAUGGCAAGAUGCACGGUAAAGGCACUUAUAUCUUUUCUAAUGGUAAUAAGUACGAGGGGGAGUGGGUCGAGGAUGUCAAGCAGGGCUACGGUAUCCUAACGUACGUCAAUGGCGAGCACUAUGAAGGGUAUUGGCUAGGUGAUAAGGCCCACGGGACUGGAACGCUCACUUAUCUGCAAGGUGAUCGCUACACGGGGGAGUGGUAUCAAGGAAGGAAGCAGGGCCACGGCAUCCUCGCGUAUAGCAAUAAGGAUACGUACGAGGGGGAGUGGGAUAACGACAGAGCCAACGGAUACGGUGUGCUGGAAUAUGCCAACGGUUGCCGCUACGAGGGAACAUGGAUGAAUGACCUACGCCACGGUGAGGGUCAGUUGCUCCUGCCUGACGGCUCAAGCUACGAGGGCAGCUGGGUGAAUGGCAAAAAAGAGGGUAAAGGACGAAUCAUCCUCAAGGAUGGAUCCAUCUACAUAGGAAAUUGGAAGGAGAAUAAAUGUGUCGGUCAGGGAGAAUUCAUACUUUCUGAAAAUUGCGAUCUUAAUAACCCCGACUACUAA